AUGCACCGCGCGUUCUCCUUCCCGGUGAUUGUGGAGCGCAGCCGGACCAAAGAGCGCCUCGAGGCGAGUCUGACCGAGCUGCACGAGCUGGAGCUCCGCGCGCAGAGGCAGGAGAGCCUGGUGCUGCGUGCGCUGGCUCUGGGAGACCCUCUUCUGCAGGAGUCCAGCAGCUUGGGGCAGGAGAACCUGACUCUCCGGAGGCAGCUGAGCGCCCUCCAGAGUUCCCCCUGGGGUCUGAUGCAGGCUCUGGAGCUGCGGGUCGACACCGACUGUGAUGGAGACAGCCGGCCCAGUUCAGGCUUCUAUGAGUCCAGUGAGGGUCAGUCUCCUAAAGGAAGGUGUUGCACUGAACCAUCAGAGUCGAUCUGCUGCCGGACCAACGACCGACCCAAGUCUGUGGACGACCCCCUGAUGCUGAACGGAGACGUGGAGGUGCCCGUCCUUCGCACCUCGUUACCCCGAUCUUUCUCCGCCCCGUACCCGCCUCUGGAGGGUAUCGCUGAGGAGGCCUGGCAGUGGGACGCCUGGCAGGAGUACCAGGUCUCAGAGGAGGAAUACCAGCGGGCUGUGAGGGUGGAGGGUUACAUCCUGAGUCUCGUCCAGCGCUACACCCUCAAAUCACGGCACUGUUGGCCUCGCACCACCCUGACCCCCGACCCCCAGUACUACACAUCCCUACGCAAGAGAACUCCUUCCUUUUCCUCGAAGCAGCGCUUUCCUGACCCCCAUCUGCUGCCACAUGUUGACCUUUCUCAGAGCCAGGGCUGGGGUUGUGACCUGCUGCAGGGGGAAGAGGCUCCAUCUCUGGAGGAGGACUGCUAUCUGGCUCUGCCCUACCCCCAGUCCAGACCACUCUCCCUGGCCGAGAGACUACCAUCACCUCUGCCCUCUUUGGACCCCAACUGUGGUGUUGGGCCUCGUGACCCUUAUUGUGAGCCCCCAUCCCCCCAGCAUGAUUACUCACAUCCUCACAAACACAGUUCAGUUGCUCAGUUCAUCCCCGGACAGGCGGGUCAAGUGUCCCAGAGACACUCGGAGCAGCACUCCAAGGGAAGAACUUCCAAGAAGAGCCACAACGAGCGGCCGAAACCCAAGAAAUCCAGCAGUAAAACCAGCAGAUCCCAGUCUGAAAACAGCCUGCUGGGUCAGAGGGUUCUGCCUGAACGCCGGUACAGCACCACCGAGAGGCACCAAGGAAAAACGGACCAGAAUACCCGAGUUCCUGGACCUCAGGGGGGCGUCGGCAACGAGAGCCGACGCUGGUGCUCCAACCUGGAGCUCAGCCAGGAUGAAGGGGAGGAAGCAGCAGCGGGAAUAAGACGGGCACUUCGAAAAGCUCGCCAUUGUUCCCAUUCCCAGCAGCAGGACUUCCAGCAGAGGGCGCCGCUCUGCCGGGGGGAGGAGGGCUACAACGGCCCCGCAGAAUCCGAGUCCAGCAUGAGCGAAGUUUACUCCCCGGCCUCCAGCUCCCUGUCCAGUGACUCGGAUGAUUUCGGGGGUCUCGUUUGGCCCCAACAGCUGCCGCCUCGCCUGGCCUCUUCAUCUUCCUCUUCAUCACCUACACCCAAGACCACCGCCAACGCCAACGUCAACAUCCAACCAAAAGCCUUCGUCAAGAUCAAAGCCUCCCACGCACUCAAGAAGAAGAUCCUCAGGUUCCGCUCGGGGUCGCUCAAAGUCAUGACCACCGUGUGA